CCCGUCGCUGGCGCCGAGGCUGCUGGCACACAAAAUCCAGUCCCCGCAGGAGAGGGAAGCUCUCCACGCUCUCACAGUGCUAGAGACCUGCGUGAAUAACUGCGGCGAGAGAUUUCACAGUGAAAUAGCAAAAUUCAGGUUCCUGAAUGAGCUGAUCAAAGUGCUUUCCCCAAAGUACUAUGGAACCUGGUCUUCAGAAAGAGUCAAGUCAAGAGUCACAGAAGUGCUGUUCAGCUGGACAGUCUGGUUUCCUCAGGAAGUUAAAAUCCGGGAUGCUUAUGGGAUGCUGAAGAAGCAAGGGAUUGUAAAAGAAGACCCCAAGGUGCCAGAAGACAAAAUUUUACCUCCUCCUUCUCCCAGAUCUCAGAAUUCUAUUUUUGAUGCAGAUGAAGAGAAAUCCAAGCUCCUUGCCAGGCUUUUGAAGACCAAGCACGUGCACUGGCUGCAGGAGCCAAAUCACCAUCUGCUUUUAUUUCAUUUUUCAUCAAAGGAACAAGAGAAGUCAGCUAAGGUGUCCAGAAGAGCGAGUACCAUCAGUGAGGUUUCCGAGAGCGUUAGAUGUAUGGACGAAUUACUGGAAAACUACAAGAGACAAGAAUUCUCCAAAUCUGACCAAGAGACCUUACAGACGGUGGUUCAGCGCUGCGAGAAGCUCCGGCCGCUGCUCUUCCGCCUCGCCAGUGAGACGGUCGAUGACGAUGAGGCUCUAGCUGAGCUGCUGCAGGCCAACGAGAAGCUGACGCAGGCGCUCGGGCGGUACAGGCAGGCUGCAGCCGGCCGUGAGGACGGUCACGGGGAGGGUUCAGCCGCCGGCUCCGGGGACGCGCCUGCCUGCUGGCCAGCCCCGAAGCGCACAAAGAGCUACACGCUGAUCGACUUCUCGGAGCUGGAGGCGACAUCCAAGGCUCCCACGGACCAGUUUGUGAACGUAACCACCGCCUGCCGGCACGGCAGCACCGCCUCCCCCUGCCUGCUGGACGAGGAGCUGGAGCCGCUAGGUCUCAGCAGCUCUCCUGUUGUACAGAAGCCACCACCCGAUCUCAGCUCAGCAGAGCGGGCUGUACCCAACGGGUACAGUGCGAUUGCAAGUGCUGUUGGGACGCUGGGACUGCAGGACAGCGGGGACGACGGCUGCACGGAGGGGAAGGGAUUGCAGGGCCGGGCUGCUCCGCGCUCUCCACCCCGCGGGACCAAGACUUUAUCCCUGGAUUUAUCACCAAUGAAAUUGCCCUUUGCAGAUCUUCCAAAUAGCUCGAUGGUAGACACCUCCUUCUCCAGCCUAGGGUACGAGCCGAAGCCUGCUGCCUCUUUGCAUCCAGCUUCCCGUGAUGCUUCUCUAGAAAACCUUUUUGUCCCUUUAAUUUCAAUUACACCGAGUAAGAUCUGUCCUCUCACUGUGUACGACAGGGAUGGUUUCAAGGCUAUGCUCCACUUCUCCAGAGAGCCGGCUCCCGGCCGACCCGACGUGCUGGUGAUGGUUCUGUCCAUGCUGAGCACAUCAGCCCAGCCCAUUAAGGACAUAGCGUUCCAGGCUGCUGUCCCCAAGACCAUGAAAAUAAAGUUACAGCCAGCAUCUGGUUCCGAGCUGCCUGCCUUCAGCCCUCUGCUCCCCCCGGCCGUGCUGUCCCAGGUCCUGCUCCUCGCCAACCCGCACAAGGAUCCCAUCCGCCUGAGGUACAAGCUGGCCUUCACGCAAGGGGUGCAGCCCUUCAGCGAGGUGGGAGAGGUGACUGGCUUCCCCGAGGCAGAGCUCUGGGGCAGGAGCUGA